AAACAUCACCCUUCAAUGAGAAGAGAAACCAUAUGAAAAAUAUCAAACAUCUCUAAUUCUAGUUUCAGUACAGAGUAGAAAAUGGACGAUUAUACAAGAGAAAUGAUGGACCUCAAAACCCUCGUCACCCGAACCCUAGAGAAGAAAGGCGUCCUUGCCAAGAUCCGAGCUGAACUUAGAGCAAGCGUUUUCGAGGCGAUAGAAGAGGAGGAUAGGGCAAUCGAGAAGGAUGAAGCCUUGCCUCCUGCACUAUUGGGUAGCUGCAAUGAGCGUGCGAAGCAACUCCAUAAUUCCCCUUCAGGACGGCUACUAACUUGUU